AUAACCUGACCAAGGUCCAGUUAAUUACUAUUUUAUCAUUCCUCUGACGCUCCCCCGCAUUACUGUUCGGUUCCUCCUUUUUCUCAGCACUCCAAUUUUCUCAAUUUCAUCGAAAAGAAGAAACACCGCUCAUCAUCAUCAUCGUCAUCAGAGGUUAGGGAGUUCUUUGAUGCAUGUCUGUAGAUUAUCAUCAAAAAUAUUCAUCUGAUUUGAUCAGUAAUGGUUCGUACAAGUAAGAGAGUUGCAGCAAAAUCACCACCAUCCUCGUCGCCGUCACUCUUUCUUAAUCGAGUUUACAAAGGAAUCCACAACAAGUGUUUCUCUGGUAAAAAUGUGAUUUCUGAGAGAUUUAUAGAUUAUAAAUCAUUUCCUAAAUACCCAAUUCUGAAAUGUUUCAAUGAAGAGAAAUUGGUUAGUAAUUUCCUUCAUGUGAAAGGUCGUGCACCUCUGAAUCCAGUCCGUUUGUUUUACUCUCAAAUACAUUCGUUUUCUGAAAAAGAACAGUCGUUUCAGACGUUUAUUGAGGGGAAAAUACAUAAAAUUACUCCUGAUGUUAUUGCUGAUUUUCUUGGUUUGGUAAGACCUAAUCAACCUGUUCCUUACCCACCUACUAGUGAGAAUGAUUUGGUUGUGUCAAAAGAUAAGUUUAGAAAAGCUGUUUAUCUGAAUGAAUAUCGAGACGUGCCAUGUGAUCCGCAUAGGCCAACUUGGGUUAAAAUGAAGCAUCUCAAACCUAUCAUUAAUGUGUUGGUUAAGAUAUGUCAGUUGAAUAUUCUGCCUCGAGGAAGUAAGUAUCAGAUGACUAACUUGGAAACGGUUUACCUGUCGUUUUUACUUCUUCAUGGAUACCCUGUUGAUCUCUCAUAUGUGGUUUGGCAUACAAUGGCUUAUAAUGGUCGCCCAAUUGCUCGGGCUGGCUAUCUUCCAUACGGGAUCAUAGUUGGUCGUUUGUUAUCUUAUCUUGGUCAUCCAGUUAAUGCUAGCGCUCGCUGUGCCGAUAUCCCUGAUCCAUUGGAUAUGAAAGUGUUGGCUCGCCAUCAUCUUCCUUCUGAUCCUAAUUGUGUUGGGGAAGGACCAGACACUGAGACGCAUUCUACUGCCACUUGUCACCCUCCUACUUCUUCCUCUCGUGAUGAGGAUGAUCGUCGCCUUCUUCCCUUUUCUGUUGAUCCUCCCCGAGAUUCAUCUGAGCAAUUCGAUCAACAUCGUCUGUUCGAGUCUAUGCAGUCCAUUCAGCACACCAUGGGGAUUAUUCUUUUUCGUUUUGAGCAGCAAAGUGAAGUGAUAAAUCGUAUAGCUCGACAACAGGAUCACCUUUCUCAGUGUCAGGAUCGGUCUCAUGCCCUAUUGAUGCAGUAUAUGCAGCGUGCCUACCCUGAUCAGGUAAAGCCUGUUUGCCAGAAAUGUGGUGACUCAGGCUAUGCUGAACUCCUAAUUUAUUGCCAUUUGUGUCGAAUUUCUGCUGAGCAUCGUUAUUGUUUAAACAAAAUACCUAAGGAAGGUGACAACGAAACUAUAUGGACAUGUGAUGAAUGUGAACAGACAACUGGACUUGAGUCCCAACAAGGUGUUCGAGCAACCAGUCCAAUAAAAGUAACCGAAGAAAAGUCAAACAGAGGCAAGAAAAGGAAAAGGUUUUAUGAAUCCAUGAUUGUUUCACAUCGAUCCAGUAUUGAGAGUUAAGGGAAUGAGAGUUAAGAAAGCUAAAGGUUAGAUGCAAACGAGGAGGAAAGGAUUCAGGUCUGCCAGUUGAGUUGUUCACACUUCUAUGGAAUCUGCAUGAAGCAUUUUCAGGGGAGAUAAAAGGAUUUUUUUGACCGUGUUAAAUUUAAAAUUUGGUAGUAGUAAAUUGAGCUUUGAUCUUGGUCUGGCAGUGCAAGUACUUCGGACAAAGUCAGUCUAGGGAUCUUGGUGUGUAUAAAUCUUUUUGCAUAAACUAGUUAUUUUCUUUGAAGAAUGUAGCUGAGAGAAAAGUGUAUUAAAUGCUAGGCGAAACUGGAUAGGACUACAGUGUUGCAGAUAUGCUAUCUGAUCUCGAAGUGUUUUCGUUUCUUAUUCGCUCAUGCAUCA